UUUCCCCACAAAGCACUAAAGCACCCUCUCUCUCUUCCACACCCUUACACACACACACUCACUCACUCACUCACUCACUCACGCUUUCUUCUCGAGGGGAGGGAGACAAAGACCCUCAUCCUCUCUGCAGUCAUCAUCUCUUCUCACUCUUCCCUCUCUUUCGCUCAUUACUCUCUCUCUCUCUCUCUCUUUCUUCUCUCUCUCGUUCUCGCUUUCUCUCUUCUCUUUCUAUCCUUGUACACUUCCCUCUCUUCCUCCCUCGCUCUUUCCCUACCCCUCCCCCACCCCUCUUCUCAUAACAAAUAAAGUCGCACUCCUCGUCUGCUAUGGAGAACAAGCAGUCGGGUACGGCCUCCCCUCCCAUAGUCUCGCCCCGGCCUAUCCAGACCCAGCAGCAACCUCUGACCGCAGACGAGAGCUGGAAAAUCGUCGGCAGCCCUCCCAGGCGACCCUUGCUCUCCCCUCCAGAGGACAAGGAGCGAAACCGGGUCCUUCAAGAAACCGACAUAACAACCGUCGAGGGGAACAGGACCAGGGCCAUUGGGGCCGACCUCGUCGACCUCGCAGACUCAACCAUCUCCUCCCUCUCUGCUGGCACCUGUAACGAGUCCUCGUCCUCGUCCUCUGCUUCGUCCAUCUCCUCCCCAACCUCCCCUACGCCGCCGCAGCACAAGCUGCUGUCGCAUCCAGUCUUGGCCGGUCAAGACAUGGGCAGCGGAUUGGCACCAUUGAUACCCCCCGUCGCCUCUGGUGCCAGGGCCCUAUCGCCCCUUGAUCGGGAUUCCCUUCCAGACCAAUCCGCGACACAUCCAAUGCACUUCAAGAGCUCGAGUACAGGAACGCCUACCAGUCAGCGCACCGACACCACGUCAUUUUCCAUUCUCGGCCAGCAAGAUCUUAAGCCCGUCGAGAGUUUUCAUGCAAAGUCUCAGUCUCUCAAUAUCGGCAGCCGAGGCGCUCUAAAACAGAGUGGUACAGGACUAGAAUCACCUCUGAGCCUUGGCUCAUUCAUUUGGACGGGUACCGCAUCAAAGGAUGCAAGCGACCUGUCGGUUACCAAUCCCAAAAGCACCCACGGCGAUAUCAUCAGCACCGGCAUCCCUAGGACAGCGAGAAGUCUUUCCUUUUCGGAUUCUGGCUUCGCGAACACUUUUCGACUUCCAACAACAAAACUUGGACUCGACCUGGAUGAAGACGACCUUCUAAGAUAUCGACCACCAUUGCCAACCAUGGAGGAGGAGGCAGAGGACGCAUUGGAGCCGCGCAUCAAUCGGGCAAGAAGCUUCUCAACCUCAGCGACCUUUGGCUCAGAUGCUUUUACAGGCGGACUCUCGAUGUUUUCUAGCCCCGAUUCGCAGGAUUCUUUCACAGCGUCCGCUAGGUCCUUGAGAGGGUCAGAAUCUGCACUGGGGGGCGAUAAUCGGCUUUUGUUGCAUCGUGAGUCCCCUGGCGGAAGUGCGACGUGGCCAGGCCCUGUGGGGCCGGAUACAUCUCUAUCCAACCAUCGACGCUCAGUCACUUCGACCUCGGCAUAUAGUGCACCCAUCUGGGACUCGUUUCAACCUCUGCCAUCGCCACUGGAGAGACAGCGGGUGGCUCGACGUUUCUCGUUAGCGCCGGCCUCAGGAUUCCAGAAUUACGAUGCCUUUCUCGACGAUGUCGAUGCAGGAAACUCUUCAACCAUGGGUAGCCUCAGCCGGUAAGCGAUUACUUUCGGUGUGCUAUCUUUGGUUAUGCGAUGGCAAUAUGGGCCAUUAAAACGCGCUCGGCUCGUCUAGAUUUUGAGCCCCGACGGAGGUCGAAGUAGGUAUAUCCAUAUGAUCAUGACUAAAGUCAAUUUUUCUCUUAUUUCUAUUUAUCUUUUAGUCAUCCCUUGGAUAAUGAUCUUGUUCAACAGGCACAGCGCCGACACUCCGUGGCGGGCCUUGGCGGACCGUAUCAUCGACCAAACGUCACGCCCUUCAACCUUACAUCGUCUUUGGAAGCCUUGCGCCUGAAC